UAGAAAAGAAGAGAAAAGAAGAAAAGAAAAGAAAAGAAAGAAGAAUCAUUCAAUCCUUUGUGCCUCUGUUCUUCUCUCUUCAAUCCCCAUGCCUCCCUCUCCUCCCAUCAAAUUCCACACACAAUGAUACAAUCCUUACUUCUCCUCUUUCCUACAAUUAUAACAACAUUAACUUUUUAGUGUUUUUAGAUUUUUGCAUCGCCCCAACAACCGGAAUGCACACACAUACAUAGACACACACACACAUAUUGUAAGAAAAUAUAAUCACGUAUUUCUAUGAUUCAAAUUAAUCUUAUACAAAUACAUCAUUCACUUUUCUUUAUCAGAGAGAAUAUAAAGGCUCAAACUUGCCCUCUGAUUCUGAUGGGCUCUCUCUUGACUUGAAAACCCACCUCCAAGAUUUUUAGAGAGAGAAAUAUUGGUUUCUGUUUAGGGAGAGAGAGUGGGCUCUUUUAUUUUAUUUAAUUAUUAUUACUGUUACUAUUAUGUGGAGAUAAUUUGAUAGAGUGAGAAAUGUUGGAAAUGGAGAGGGAUCCUGAUUCAAAGUCGAGGAUUCAAAACAGCAAUUCACCUUCUUCAUCAUCUAAUAACAAUAAUGGGAAUGUGCAGAGAUCUAAAAGCUUUGCAUUUAGAGCUCCGCAAGAGAAUUUCACUAUUCAGGAUUUUGAGCUUGGCAAGAUCUAUGGCGUUGGAUCUUAUUCAAAGGUAGUGAGAGCAAAGAAGAAGGACACAGGAAUUGUAUAUGCCUUGAAGAUCAUGGACAAAAAAUUCAUCACCAAAGAAAAUAAAACAGCUUAUGUGAAGCUAGAACGCAUAGUGCUUGAUCAAUUGGAUCAUCCAGGAAUCGUGCGUCUAUAUUUUACUUUUCAGGAUAAUUAUUCUCUGUACAUGGCACUUGAAUCCUGUGAAGGAGGAGAACUUUUUGAUCAAAUAACCAGAAAAGGCCGUCUAUCAGAGGAUGAAGCUCGCUUUUAUGCUGCAGAAGUUGUGGAUGCUCUUGAAUACAUACAUAGUAUGGGAUUAAUUCAUCGGGAUAUAAAGCCAGAGAACUUGUUAUUUACUGCAGACGGACACAUUAAAAUUGCUGAUUUUGGAAGUGUGAAGCCCAUGCAGGAUAGUUGCAUCACUGUCCUUCCGAAUGCAGCUUCAGACGAUAAGGCUUGCACAUUUGUGGGAACAGCUGCAUAUGUCCCUCCAGAAGUCCUUAACUCUUCUCCUGCAACUUUCGGAAAUGACCUGUGGGCACUUGGCUGCACUUUGUACCAGAUGCUUUCAGGGACUUCUCCUUUCAAAGAUGCAAGUGAAUGGCUUAUAUUUCAAAGAAUUAUUGCUCGGGAUUUAAGAUUUCCAGAUUAUUUUUCAGAAGAAGCGAGAGACCUCAUUGAUCACUUAUUAGAUAUAGAUCCCAGCAGAAGACCGGGUGCUGGACGUGGUGGUUAUGCUGUGCUCAAGAAUCAUCCAUUCUUUGAGGGAGUUGACUGGAAGAAUUUAAGAGGAGAAACCCCUCCAAAACUUGUUUUGGAACCAAUGGCGCAAUCCAGUGACAAUGACCAUGACCCUGGGUCUCCAUUUAACCCCACACACAUUGGUGACAGUUCAAUGACACAAAAUGAUGCGAAUGUUGGAGUCUCAUCAUCUGCUGAAGCAACUUCACACAUAACUAGACUUGCUUCAAUUGACUCCUUUGAUUCUAAAUGGCAACAGUUUUUGGAUCCAGGGGAAUCUGUUGUAAUGAUCUCGAUGGUGAAGAAAUUACAGAAACUGACGAGCAAGAAGGUGCAGCUUAUCCUUACCAACAAGCCAAAGUUGAUCUACGUGGACCCUUCAAAGUUAAUAGUGAAGGGAAAUAUAAUUUGGUCUGACAAUUCUGAUGACCUGAGUGUCCAAGUUACAAGUCCUUCACAUUUUAAGAUUUGUACGCCGAAGAAGGUAAGGUCAUUUGAAGAUGUUAAGCAGAGAGCGUGGCAGUGGAAAAAGGCCAUUGAGAGUCUUCAAAACCAGUGAAAAUCUGUUAAUGGAUGUGCCGAACAUUCUUUGAUGCAUUGAUACAUAGAGGAACUUGGGGAUUCCUAAAACAGUCGACACCCCCAACAAUUAUUUAUUUUGUUGCAAGUUUGGCCUCUUCAAGGUGCAAAGCUGCCCCAUCAAGCUCACUUUCCCUCCCGCUCCAAACUGACUUUGCAACGGGGCCUUUCUGUAUGUUAUGCUUUUAAUGAAAGUCGUGUACAACGCAAGUCUUGAUUGCUGGGUUUGUAGAGGAGGGCUAGGGUUCACUACUUAUUUACUACAUUUAAAGUUCCAAGCCAUUAAUGAAAAGUUCUUUCCUUGAAUGAAA